GGGUGAUUAAAAAACAUGGCGGCAGAUUCCGGGGAAUCUUCGUUUCCUUUCAUUUCUCGUCGAUCUCCUGUUCUUUCCCUUCGUGGAGCGGUAGCUUCAAGUCAACCACUAGCAACAGACGCAGGAUUAAAAAUUUUACGAGCUGGUGGAAAUGCAGCCGACGCAGCAGUCGCCGUUGCCGCCUGUUUGAAUGUGACGGAACCUUGCAGUACCGGGAUAGGAGGAGAUGCGUUCUGUUUAUUUUAUGACGCGCAAAAAAGGAUUGUCAAAGGAAUCAAUGGAAGGUAUUGAUGUUUAUAGUAAUUCAUAUUCAGAACUUUCCUAUAGACUAUUAGACCAGGGGAAGUCAAGAUCCAAAAGUUUGUUUCAGAUGUGAAGAGUAGGGCAAGUAACUGCCAUGCACGCGCAAAUCAUAUGAGCUGUUUCGACUAGGUGCUGUCUAUAUUCUGUUCGAAUCGUCGCCAAAACAGGCUACGGUUGAAGUUAGCGCUAUGGUUGCGUAGAUGCUCCCAAAAAUAUUUGAGAGGGUCAGGUGUCAAACUCGAGAGAUGACCAAUUGGAAAUUUGUUCCUUUUCCGUCAGGCCCACUACCUAAUCUGCCCCAUUUGACCUACCCCCUGAAAAUGUGCUUUUAACAUACGUACGAGAGACACGGGAAAAACAGGGCACUUUCUGGAAGUGAUCUGAAGUGUUUGUGUGGUCAUCCAAUCUGACUUUCAUAUGUCAAAGGGUGAUGAUGAAGGAGGCAGAUUGUAGCUUGCACAUCAAUUUCAGUAUCAACGAGAAAUCCCCUCCAGUUUUGCUGUAUAAUGUUACAGUUUUGUUUCCUGAAAAUGAGGUACUAUUUUAGAGAGAAAAAACAGCAGGAGUUUCCCUUUGAGUCUGCAUCCUCCUUUUCUUAACUCUAACAACUCAACCUGCCUCACUUUUAUUUAUAGUAAUUUACAUAACCAAAUCUGGGCAUUUAAAAUUCCAUUAUUUUUGCUCAAGUGUUUUUUUUGCUAGGCUACAAAACUGCAGCCAGUUAAUACUUUAUCAUCAUGUACGAGAUCUAGUCUCUAUUAUGUAUGAGAAAGUAAAGAGGGUGAUAUUUUUACCAUAGUUGAUAAAUUUUCCUAUUUAUUCAUAAUUCUGUCUUUUUGGUGUGUUCCAUUUUUUUAAGUGGACGAGCAUCAUCCAACUUGACAUUAGAUUGCCUGAAAAGAGCAGGUGUUGUAAAGCCUGGUGAUGAUCACUUGCCUUACACAUCUGCCCAUUGUAUCACUGUCCCUGGGGCUGCUGCUGCUUGGUGCGAUACAGUGGAACAGUUUGGUAGUGGAGAGGUACUUGUAAUUGUAAUGACCUAUUAGGUGUCCCUUUUCACUCAAAAACAAGCCAUCAGAUUAUUAGAUUGAUUACUUUUAGCAUUUCUGAUUAGCUGGCACAUAGUAAUUCAAGAAAAGUUCAAAACUGGUGAACAAGCAGCUGAGAAACACCUUCAGCUAGACUGAAAAUUUAUCUUUUGUUGUUUCUCGAUCAUUGAAAAAUUAUGUAUCUAGUAUCUCAUCAUGUCAGGCAAAGACUGGGAAGGUAUCAAAUUAAUUUGAAGAACUGAUGCAUUUUCCAAAACCAGGCAUCCUAUGCAGUAUCAUGAAGACUUGAAUUAAUUCAUAAAGGGGUAAGUUUUUAAAGAAACUGUGCUGCUGCAUCAGUGGGAGAGUAUAGCAGGUAAUUUAGUGUUAACAACUGAAUUGAAAACAUAAAUUAGCUACUGUAAAGGGUAAAAAAGCUGACAUUUCGAGCAUUAGCCCUUCGUCAGAGUGAUUGAUCGAUUCACAUGUGAAUUUAUGUUGCAUUUCCUUAAAGGUAAAUCCAGGCUUUAGAAGAAUAGUGAACCCCUAUGCAAUUUAGCUGUUUAUUUGCAACUGAACUCACAAUUUAUUUUUCUUUAUUGUUGUUUUCAGUUAUCUUUGAAAAAUAUCUUACAACCAGCAAUUGACUUAGCAAAGGAAGGAUUCCCUGUUCACCCAGUUGCUGCCUAUUUUUGGGAUAAAUGUGGGUCGUGUCUUCAAGUUCCAACAAAUAAACAUGGAUGUGACAUGUUGUUAAAUGGACAUCCUCCCAAAGCAGGUGAUGUCAUGGUGAUGCCACAUUUAGCUGCAACAUUUGAGGUAACCUUUUCACACAAACCCUAUGAAGUAAAAGAACUACCUCUCUAUUUUUGAAAAGCUAAUCCUUUCCUAUAUUGCUGUUAACAAAAAUACCACUUACUAACUGAGUUUUUGGUCCAUAUUGUAAGUCAUGGAUCAAGCAGAAAAAACAACAUUUCAAAACCUAAAAUGUGGACCAAGAAAACUAGGUUAGUUGGAUAUUUAUUAUUUCUUUGGAUUCAAACAGAGAGGGAAGACUUCAAGUCAAACAAACUUGUAAGUUUAGUGGGCCAAACAUUGAAGUACAGCCCUCAUAAUUAACUUAUCAUAGCAAUGAUGUUUUACUGUAUGAAAAAAUGUAAUUUAGCAUGAGGGGCAUCUAAUUAGCUUGCUGUAUUAUGCCCUUCUCCAUUGUCGUAAUCUUGUUAUGAUUAUUCAAAUGUUGUGAUGGUUGAAAUAGAGGAAAUAGUAAAACAAAAAAACCCCCAAAAAAAACCACUUUGUGCCUUCAAAAUUUGCCCACUGACUUCAUAUAAUUUGCUCCUUUAAUAAGUACAGGUGUACUGUGCAGAUGGUAGAGGUGGGAAAGCUGCAAGGGAGCUAACACUGUAAAAACAUUUUAACUGGCUACAGAAACAAGAAUUAAACUUUUGGUAGGGGUGCUAAGCAUUCAGUUAUGUGCAUGUAACUCAGCCUGGCCAUGCGGGAAUUGGACAGAAAGGGUGGAAACCCUGGAAUGUCAAUCAAAGAAAAUGACAUCUAAAUAAAUAUUUAUUUCAAGUUGACCUGUGCUAUCCCAGUGGUUUUCCUUUAUGAGAGGAAUGACUUGGUUUAUUUGCUCUUAAUGAGUAGAUUCAGUUUCUUCUGCUGCUGUAGACUGGGUUACCAUUGCAAAUUGAUGUUUUGUAGGACUUGGCUUCAAAAGGGAAGGAUGCUUUCUACAAAGGACGUAUAGCCAAGGCAAUAGUUGAUGUUGUACAAGAGCAUGGUGGAUUGUUAUCCCUUGAAGACUUGCAGCAACAUUACAGCACUUUUGAUGAACCAAUAAAGACUUCUUACCGUGGGAUAAAUGUUUGGGAAAUGCCUCCAAAUGGACAGGGAAUCACUGCACUACUGGCAUUGAACAUACUAGAGGGAUAUGACAUCCAAGGUUAGAAAUAAUGAAAACUUAUAGCAGCAGGAACAAAAAUCUCACACUUGAGGAAGUACAGAUAUUUUACCACAGGAUUUGUUUCAGUAGUGCUUGGUUGUAGCAGUGCUGUUAACAACACUUUCCAAAGUAUUUUGUGUUUUCCAAAAUAGCAUUUCCGCAAAAAAGGGAUCCUUUAGGAGUUAGUUCCGUAUCAGUUUCUUAAAUUAAGACCUUUUUUAUAGACCCACUGAUAGGGUGACUUGAAAGCAGCAAUGUCUUGGUAGAAAGUGCGGAAAUGUCUCACAAAUGAUAGCACCAGAAAGACUUCGAUUUUCACGGAGAAAGGAAAAGUGUUGUUUCAAAGGGGUAAAACAUUAUGCCGUAAUUCAACGGACGGUUAAACGUGAGAACAUUUUACCCAUGCAAAUAUUCCACUUUCCACUGGAUGGUUUGUUCACCCUGAUCAACGUGCCACAAAUGUUCAGAACGUUUAAUACUUGAGAAUAAUGAUUUCUUUGAUUUGAACUUUAAACAUUAACUAUUAAACUUGUGGCAGUUUCUAGUAACAGAAGCAGAAGCAAGAGCACUAACAUAAGUUGCGGCAGUAGUAGAAACAGGAGUAAUAUUAGCAGUAGCUGUAUCGGUUAGUAGCAACAGUUGUAGUGGCAGAAGCGUAACCCUUUGACUCCUUAAAGUAACUAGCACCUAAAGUCUCCUCACAAUAACACCCCUGAAUAAGAAUCAAGGAAAUGAUCACCAAUUAAAGCAGUUCUUGAUUAUUAAACAAAUUCUCCUGGUCAGCAUUCUAGGAAAUUUAAAGAGAAAAAGAAGGGGGAGUCUGCAUACUGGUGUUAGGGUGUAAAUGGUCAAACAGUGGCGAUAGUAGAAAUGCUCACCGCAAUCACGGUGGUGACAGCAGUGGUGGCAGUGUUAAAGGCAGUAAAAUUACUUAACUGUUGCAGCAACUGACCGCAGUAAAACAAGUGGCAUUAGUAGUAAUAGUGUAUUCAUUCAAAACAAUAUUGCAUUAUUAGAAUAAUUGUCCAAUGAUCUAAUGAAUUUAAAAUUUGUUAAACAGUUGAAACUCGUUUUUCCAAUCCAGGGAUGACCCAUAACUCUAGUGAAUACCUCCACACCUUAAUUGAAGCUUUGUCGUUAAGUUUUGCGGAUACUCUGUGGUAUAACGCCGACCCAAAUAAAGUCAAAGUACCCGUUAGUGGAUUAUUGUGUAAAGAAUAUGCAGCAAAACGUCGAGCCCUUAUCAAUGCCCAUAGGUCAGUAUUCUUAUUGUUUGCCAGUUUUCCAUUUUUUUUUCUUUUUCACUUUUUCGCUUUUCGAGUAAUACAUUUAACCUAAACACUGGUAGUGGGAUAUUUUUUGCAAGAAAUGGUCUUUCUAUUCUCUUUUAGGCUUCUAAAAUCUAACCAUUUUUUAGGAUCGGAUCUUGUAUGGGGUAUAGUGUAUACCAUUGCACAGUGGGUUAUGCAGAGGAAACCUUGUUUUUCCUGUAGGUGAAAAUUUAACUUAAUUUGCAAAUAUACUCGGAAACGCUGAUAGGAACGGGUGUAAUCCGAAACGUUUUGGUUACGCGUGUUGCUCGGCGUAUUUGGGGCCAUGUUUUAGAAGUUCAGAUCGUAUCAGAGGUGACUCUUGUAUCUACCUCAAAGCUUUGCCUACUCCUCACCACUCCCUCCCAUUAAAAAUGCAGGCCCAUAGGUUCAUUUCAAUUUUUUGCACUCCUGCUACGCUUGUUAGUGAUGCUAAGUUUAUUUUCUCUACUUGUUUUACAGAGCGUUGGGAAGCUAUGAGCGUGGUUCACCAUUCAGUGGUAGUGACACUGUAUAUUUUAGUGUUGUUGACGCUCAGGGUAAUGCCUGCUCCUUUAUCAACAGUAAUUACCAUAGCUUUGGUACGGGCCUGGUUCCUGAGGGUUGUGGAUUCACUCUUCACGUAAGUACAUUACGCUUACAAAGUUCGUCUAUUUCUUGACUUGUAUUGACAUUUGUGUGUAGAGCUGUUCGGUAAUGUCUGAUAUAUUCCAAAUGGACAAGCGGUGAUGAAAUUUUGCUGCUGAAUGCCUUUGAGUACUCAAAAGUGGUUGGUAACCUGUAAAUAUAAGUUCCUUUAAUAGCUUAGAAUAACUAUCUUACCUGUUAGGUAUUGUAUGCUGAUGUAUCAUAUUCUUGGAUGGUAGAGAAAGUUCAAACUUCACACUUCAGUCCUAAUUUGUGAGAAUAAAACGUAAAAUUAAUGUACUUCCUGACUGUAAUACUCUUUUCCAGAAUCGUGGAAGUAAUUUUUCGCUUCGUCCUGAACAUCCAAAUUUCCUAGAGCCAAUGAAGAGGCCAUACCACACCAUCAUACCUGGUAUGAGUACACAUGAGGAGACUGGGGAAUUGUUCGCGUGUUUUGGUGUUAUGGGAGGCUUUAUGCAGCCGCAAGGACACGUGCAGGUGAGAUGGGGGUGGAUGCAAGCAUGGUGUGUACUCAUUGACUGAGUGGAAGGACCGGAUGGAGAAAUGCGUGGCUGAAGGACAAGAAGUAAUUAUCGAGUGCAGCCAGGGACCUAUGUCAUAACCCGAGUCAAAUAUUUUCCCGUCCGUCCUCACCGAUCUCAGUCAAUAAGAAGUUUAUCAUAUGACCGCUGCUCAUUCAUUUUCUUUCCUUCGUCUGUCAGUUCACAUUUUGCGGGGUCAGACGGUUUAUUCUGACUCCUCUGAAAUUAUUGCAUAUGGCCUUCACACUGGUAUAUUUACAUAUAGUUUUUCAACAAAAGCGCGCGAGGCUACACGGUCAUAUGAUAAUACAGAUUAUUAAAUGUUCCUCUAUCCUUUCCUUUCCUUUUCUGCAAAGGCAAAGUGUGAACCUUAGCUGUGUCCUUGUUUCAGGUACUGCUUAAUAUGAUCGACUUUGGGAUGGACCCUCAACAAGCUUUGGAUAUGCCGAGAUUUUGUAUCCAGAGUGAAGGCCAAGGCCUUGGGUCCGUUUUCCUUGAGGAAGGCAUUUCCGGAAGAGUCGCCAGUGAACUAAAGGAACUCGGACACAAAGUCGCAUACCCGGUGUGUGGCCACAACAGGAGUGUUUUUGGACGGGGUCAAAUAAUUACUCGAAAGAAAGCACCUUGCAAAAAUGGACUUAAACGGGAUGUUUAUUGGUCUGGUUCUGAUCCUAGAGCUGACGGUUCAGCACAUGGAUUAUAAAGAAUGGCAAGAACUUAAGUCUCUUUGGUAGUGAUUUAAAGCUACAAGCUGUCGGAUCUAAGAAACGACUGUGGAAGGAAAAUUUAAGUAUUGAUGAUUAUAAAUCAUAAUGAUGUUAGUAAACACAUCGUCUUGCUUCACUUCCAUAGGUAAUCACGCGUAAUGGAUUAUAUGAUUCGUCCGUUUUGACAAGAGGGAUUCUUAACUAAAAUUGCGAAGGUCUGAUUUGUAGUAGUGUUUUCUCACUCACACUAAAAUGUAAGGUUAAAAGGUGUUAUAUUCGUAAUGGUCAGGGGAAGCAUUUCGCUGAGUGAAUACUAAACGACCGGUAGUGUGCUUGCAUGAGUGGACCUGAACUUAUCACAGUCAGGUGGGAAUAGAGUUACAUCACUCUGUUUUAUGAACUGCCCCGACACAAAUGCUUGUGGUCACUUAAUUUUCCAAAUGUAAGAAUGACUGGUCACAAAAUUGAUGAAAGGUGCGGGCUAAACAAGGUACUUUGUAUGUUGAAUGUAAGCACGUAGGUCCUAAAAACCUCGCAACACCAUUAGUGAGCUGAUUAAUAUGUGUUUUGUAUCGAGGUAUGAAAUCAGUGAUGUUUUCAAAACAGUAUACAAAUUUAAAACGUGGAUGAUAUGCUUUAUGGCCGCUUAACAGGAGUAUAAACAAUAGAAAAACUCCUAUCGGCACGGAUAAAGGAAGCUUCAGUCGCUUGAUAGGUUUUUUAUUCGCGGGCUGAUUGUAUAAUGAUCGUAAUUUUGCAACUCUGGUAAGUGGGCGCCCUUAGGAGUAGCGCCUAACAUGGAUUCCAUUCUGCGUGGAAACACAUGAACGCAUAAGGAAAAUUAAUAGUUUGGAUGAUUCAAGUAUUUAAAAUGGGCGAAAAGGAGAAUAAUUUAUUUUUUUGAGAAAGUGAAUAUGCAUUUUUUAUGUGUUUUUAUACCAUAUUGCAGAUAAGUGAUUUUCAAAUUUAGUCUUUACUGCAGCUUAUUGGUCGUUAAACACGUACUGAGAGUAAUGCUUGAGGUUAACAUCUCACUAUAAAUAUUUUAAAGUACCAUUUAUAAGAAUUUUAUGAACAAAAUAUUAAAAUGCUUUCGCGAAUGGUUUGUGACAUUACCAAAGAUCUUGUUAGAUUUUUGUUUUUAGUUUUUUUUUUUUAAUCUUAGUUCGAGAAUUGGGGAUUUUUUUUUGGGUUUCGGUGAAACAAAUUUUCAGGUGUGCGUUUUUAGAAAUGACAACAUUUUAUCCGAUGAAGGUAGCAAAAUUCUGCGACGUUUAUUAAGUGGAAAUUUCUCUUUUUUUCUAGGACUUGUUUUUGCAAAUCAAGGAAAAUCUACAGAAUUCACCAAAAAAAAAAACCUAACACAUUUUCUUCUACACAGUACCUUUACUUUUUAAGCUCUUCAUUCAUUUCCGGUGCGCAAUUUGAAAUGCUGAAAUCACCAUAAGAUUAAACUUGUCGAUUUUUCUUAACUCAAGUGAAUAGUAACUUUUCCAUUAGUGGUCAUUUAUCGUUUUUGUGCAAAUUAUCCAACGCCCAAACGAAUCUGUUAAGUUUAAAGAGCCUUCUUCAUCUCUUUCACGGGUAGAAAGUUUUUUUUUUUUACUUUCAUCUGUGAAUUUUCGGGGCCCACUCAAAAAAAAAUGGAGAAAUAAGGUGGCAAUUAUUUCUUGAAAGUAUGAUGUACAUCAGUAAUAAGAUAAUAUAUUAUGUUGAGAACCCCGCCGGGCUGUAGCAAUCUUUGUCAGCUUUUGACUACCUUUGAAUUAGGAAGUGUAUGUUUUAACUUAAUGAGAUAUUUCCAUUUACCAUGCUUUUGUUUUAUCGAGAUAUUUUCAAUAUGAUAACACGGCACCAAUCAAUUGAGCAGGUUUUUUUUAAGCAUGUAGACAAAACAGUAAUGGGCACGUGAAAGAAAGAGUCGGGCGGGCUAUAGUUCAAAAAACAGCCACACGACGGAAUAUCUUGUUUAUUGGAAGUUUGAUGGUAAAUCGUAAGUGAAAGAGCAAAGAUAAAGAUGCCAUUGGCGACAACACUCGUCCUCCAAGUCUUAUUCGGUGUGUCGAUAGCAUUAAGCCUGUUUGGUAACACACUGGUUAUCGCAGUUGUCUCGUGUCACCGCAGAUUGCAGACUUCCAUGAACUGUUUGUUAGCCAAUCUCGCCAUUGCUGAUUUUUUCGUUGGUUUAUUCUCUUUUCCAAGGACAUUUCACGCUGGUCUUUAUACACAUCCCAGUGGAUUGGCUGGAGAUAUCUUGUGCAAGACAUUAACUAACGGAAAUUUCGUUUACUUAGCAGCGGUAGCAUCGAUAUUAAUUUUGGUGUUCAUUGCCUGGGAAAGAUAUUUUGCCGUGAUUCAUCCGCUCAGCUCUCGCGGACGAAUAAACGCUAAGAGACUCCGUCUGGUGGUGGCUGUCUCUUGGGUUGCUGCAUUCAGCCUGGAGCUGAUUCCGCUCUGGGUUGUUAAUUUUGACGAGGAGAAGAAAAUUUGCUCCUAUAACUGGUCUGAUACCCUUCGGAAAAUUGACGUGUUCAUCUGGUGUAUCGUCCUCGGUUUGGUGCCACUUGGAGUCGAGGCCUGCCUCUAUUCCCGGGUGGUUUAUCGCCUAUGGGGUGGAAACAAACAAACCGUAAAUAUUUCUGAGCGCUCCUUAAUGCUUCAGAGGAAGAAGUUGACCAAAGUUGUCCUUUCCAUUACUAUUGUAAACGUUAUCUUGUGUCUUCCACUCGACGUUUAUUUCUUUGUCGAAUGUUUCGCUGGUAAGUCUGUGGCUGUGGACACAGGCUCUUGGUCACCACUCUUCAAAUCAGUCGCCCACUUGAUGCUAGUUCUAAAUGCUGCGUGUAAUCCAGUGAUAUACGCAGCACAAGAUCGAAGCUUUAGACGAUAUAUUUGGCGCUUUUUGAAGAAGAUAUGCUGUUGGAAGAUACCUGCCAACAACUGA